AUGGAUCCCGAUGCCAGCAUACCGACCGAACCUGAACCCUCGGUGUUCAGUUACGUGCUCUCCUUCCUUCUCGUCGGUGUAGCAUGGGGCUUCACGACCCCCUUUAUCCGACGCGCCGCGGCAGACUUCAACGCCCGACAAGAGAAGCAAGCGAAUGAAUCGAACCGCGGACGAUCUCGGUCACGGUCACAACGAGGAACAGAAACAGGGCUUACGGAUGCAGGCGAGGACCAGGAAUUGCUUUCCCAGGAUGAACAGGACACAGAACCAGGACCAGAGGGCGUACGGGACCGGAGCAUCAGUCGAACUGAUGUGAACCGCAAAUCCAGAACUGCGGGUGCAGAUGCUUCGCUGGAGAAUGAAGGCUCUGCCCGGAGAACAGCCUCCAAUCCCCGAAGAGCGGAUGAAGACGAGGACGAUCUACCCAUGCCUGCUUGGAGGCGUGGAUCUGCCGCGAAUCAGUCCUGGCUGCGCACGAAGGUCAUUUCGAUCUUUUGGACAGUUGUGAAUCUGCUACGAACACCUGCCUAUGCGAUUCCAUUGGUCAUCAACCUUACGGGUAGUAUCUGGUUCUUCCUACUUGUUGGAAAACACGAACUAUCCCUUACCGUCCCACUCAUCAAUUCGAGUGCUUUCCUUUUUACCGUUCUUGGUGAAUGGUACGUCGAGCGCAAGGUGAUUGCGAAGCAGACAUGGUUGGGUAUGGGGCUGGUUCUUGGUGGAAUUGCAGUUUGUGUGCAUUCCAAGAACCAAGCUUCGUGA